UCACGCCGCCCCUCCCGCGCCUGCGCCUCCGGGCGGCCGCGCAUCCUAGGCCCUCUCCCGCGCGCUCUGCUAGCUCUGCUGCUCUCGGCUCUUCUGUGCUUGGCUCGGUUCAGCUGAGCUCGGUCGGCUGAGCUCCAUCUGCUCUACUCCUUGCUCAGGCGCGGGCAGCCAUGAGGCUGCGGGGCCGCGGGCCGCGGGCCGCCCCCUCCUCCAGCUCUGGGGCAGGCGACGCGCGGCGCCUAGCGCCCCCGGGGCGGAACCCCUUCGUGCACGAGCUGCGACUGAGCGCCCUGCAGAAGGCCCAGGUGGCUUUCAUGACGUUGACGCUGUUCCCCAUCCGGCUCCUGUUCGCUGCUUUCAUGAUGCUGCUGGCCUGGCCCUUUGCACUCCUGGCUUCCCUGGGACCUCCUGAUAAGGAGCCAGAGCAGCCCCUGGCCUUAUGGAGGAAGGUCGUGGACUUCCUGCUCAAGGCCAUCAUGCGCACCAUGUGGUUUGCUGGCGGCUUCCACCGUGUAGCUGUGAAGGGGCGGCAGGCCCUGCCUACUGAGGCUGCUAUCCUCACCUUGGCUCCACAUUCCUCCUACUUUGAUGCCAUCCCGGUCACCAUGACCAUGUCCUCCAUUGUGAUGAAGGCAGAGAGCAGAGACAUCCCAAUCUGGGGAACUCUGAUAAGAUACAUCAGGCCAGUGUUCGUGUCCCGCUCUGACCAGGACUCGCGAAGGAAGACAGUGGAGGAGAUCAAGCGACGGGCACAGUCGAAUGGAAAGUGGCCUCAGAUAAUGAUUUUUCCAGAAGGAACUUGUACAAAUAGGACCUGCCUCAUUACCUUCAAACCUGGUGCGUUCAUUCCUGGAGUUCCUGUCCAGCCCGUGGUGCUACGCUACCCAAACAAAUUGGACACCAUCACAUGGACGUGGCAAGGACCUGGAGCGUAAGUCGGACACCGUGUCAUCCUGUCUGUCCUCUCAUUCUGUGGAUACACAGGCCGCUGGUGACUCCCUGUGCCCUCGUUACUUUUGCAAAUGUGAAAACUACUCUUGACAGCAAUUAGGGUCGGCCCAUUGUGAAAAAGUUAAGUGUUCCCGUGUGGCUAUGUAACACUCCUGGAUUUUGGGGACAUAAGUUCCUCGACGCCAGCACCCAUGGGAAGGUUGAAAAUCCUGUGGCUCACUCUGUGCCAGUUUCAAAACCAAGUGGAAAUUGAAUUUCUGCCUGUGUAUUGCCCUUCUGAAGAGGAGAAGAGGAAUCCUGCCCUGUAUGCCAGCAAUGUGAGGCGUGUCAUGGCCAAGGCCCUGGGUGUCUCAGUAACCGACUAUACAUUUGAGGACUGCCAGCUGGCUCUGGCAGAAGGACAACUUCGCUUGCCUGCUGACACCUGCCUGCUAGAGUUUGCCAGGCUUGUGAGGGGCCUCGGACUAAAACCAGAAAAUCUUGAAAAAGAUCUAGACAAAUAUUCAGAAAGUGCGAGGAUGAAGAGAGGAGAGAAAAUCCGCCUUCCAGAGUUUGCGGCCUACUUGGAAGUUCCUGUCUCAGAUGCACUGGAAGACAUGUUCUCGCUUUUUGACGAGAGUGGUGGUGGUGAGAUUGACCUUCGUGAAUAUGUGGUCGCCUUGUCUGUGGUGUGCAGGCCAUCCCAGACCUUAGCCACCAUCCAGCUGGCAUUCAAGAUGUACGGAUCUCCUGAGGAUGGCAGCAUAGAUGAGGCCAACCUGUCCUGCAUCCUCAAGACUGCACUGGGUGUAUCAGAAUUAACAGUGACCGACUUGUUCCAGGCUAUUGACCAAGAGGACAAGGGAAGAAUCACCUUUGAUGACUUCUGCGGGUUUGCGGAAAUGUACCCCGACUACGCAGAGGACUACUUGUACCCUGAUCAGACACAUUUCGACAGCUGUGCACAGACACCCCCAGCACCAACUCCCAAUGGCUUCUGCAUUGACUUCAGCCCUGAGAACUCAGACUUUGGGAGAAAGAAUUCUUGUAAGAAAGCGGACUAGAAUGGAAGAUUCCGGAGGGAUGAGGCCCCUCCCGCAUCACCACCUGCCUCCAGUGGCCUGGAGCCUGAUUGUGUGUUGCGCCUUCUACCUUUCCCUGUCUCUCUAUGUCUGCAGGCCUGAGGUCCAAGAGACUUGUGAUGUUAUUUGUUUUCUGUAAAGUCUGUCUCAGGGCCCAGCUGGGCAUUUGCAGGGAAGCUGUAUGUGUGUCCCAUCUGCCCAUUGCAGGCAGGCAGGCGGGCGGGCGGCUGCUCGGGGCCUCCCUGUGGGGCAGGACUCCACAGGCUGAGUGGGCACAGGUAUGGCUGUGUGCUCACCUAGAAUACGCUGGUCUUGAGUUUGUGUCUGUCUUUCCCCUCUUUGUUUGUGCGGUGUGCACAAUGCAGGACCUCUGUGCGUGCGCUGCACAUACCCUCCCUGGAACAGUCAGUCACCUUGUCCUAAUUUAGUGCCUCUGCCGUCUCUGGCUCACGUGACGGGGGCAUCAUCGGAUUCUAAGUGUUUCUGUGUCGGUGCAGGAGGUCGUGACUCUUUUAUAAACCUCACUUAAGUACUUUGAAAACAUUCAACCUUUUUUUAAAAAAAAAAAAGAAAAGAAAAUUGGUUUUCUACUUCAUUUUUCACCUUAACGAAAGGAUAUUUAUUUCCAGGCUUGCUUUUGAUAGACUCUGAGACGUCCUGGUGGCCGCAGCGUAAGGGGCCUCACUGCCCUGCUCCCAUUGAAGUCAUGGGACAUUUAGCCACAAAGACCGGCCCCGGGGUCCUUUUCUGCUUUCCUUAAGCCUUCUUGAAUCUCCAUCUUUUUUAUAAACAUUGCCAGUUUGGUAUUUCAGUUUCAAUAUGACAAAGUCUACUUCAUGUAUCUAGUAAAAGCAUUGAAUGUGGGUUAAAGAGUCAGCCAGAGGGAAAGAACUGGAAAGUGUCCCCUUAUCUUUGUGCUGAUUUUAGCCCUCUGAGCAGACAUACUGAGAAGGCCAGGAGGUCCUGCCCAAAGCCCAUCACCCUCUCUUUGCACUGGUUGCCAUGGUGACUUAGGGAAAGCAGCCACCAUCUGAGCGUAGGUGGCUUUACUCUGUGGGGGUGACAGCUGAAGGGGACAGGCCACAGAGUUUGCUGUGCUUGGCCCUUCAUGAGAUCAGGAAGGAACAGGGUCCAGGCUGUCACCUUCAGCAUUACCUGGUUUCCUCUUUUUUUAUGACAAGACUUAUCCGUAAAGCACAGUGACUGUAGGUUUAGUUUGUUUCCUAAGCUUUGGAAUCUUGUUUUUUACUCCUAAGCUAGAUUUUUUUUUUUUUUCUCAUUUGGGGCAUUGCUAUAGGAAAUGACCACCAAGCCAGUAAAUGCAGGAAAGCUGUUUUCUGAGUUUCUCAGAGGGAGUGUCAGUAUGUGCUUUCCCCAAGAGAGGUCACAUAAACAAAACUUGUCAACCUCAGUCACACAGCGCCACACUGCCGCGGGAUGGGCAGGGAGAUGGAUUUCUGAGCUCUUAGCUGGUUAGGUAUGGAUGAAAUGUGAACACAGCCUUUGUAGCUAACGGGUUGGUUUUAUAACUGUAGAGUACAAAUUUUCAGAAGAGAAAAGCCACUAAAAGGCCAAUGAAGGAGACAGAUGAACUGAGAUGUCCCGAGGCUUGGGCUCUGCCCUGCCAUCUGCAAGUGAUGGAUUCCUGAGGAAUGGCCACUGGUCAUGUUGAAGGAAUCCUGAGCAGACCUGGGACGGAUGUUCAUCCUCCUGAUGACUCUCUCUAGUAACCUCAGUCCGCGCAUCAGAACUGUGAAUGUACAUACCGGGCAGGGGAAGGGGCAGUGCCCGCCCUGUCUGCGGGCGCCUUUGGGGUGCGGGCUUCAGGUUUUCAGUGGAAUAAACAUGACACGACGUAAAGUUU